AGCGGCGUCCUCUCAGGCGCUGCUCAAUUGGCCGUGCGGUCAUACGUUUCCCGGCGGCUGGCGUAGUUCCCACGGAGCGCGGAGGCGCCACAAAUGCCUGGCAAGCGGGGUAGUGAGCGUGAGAACCAACUGAAGGUUAAGCGAUCUCGCGAGCCGCCUCCCGGCUCUCAAAUCACGCUCUCGGCAUCGGCCCGGGCGGGCGUGGGAGUGGCCCCUGCGAUCUGGGCAGCAAAUGAGGCUACUCCAGGCGGAGCGGAGGCGAUGGGCCUCAUCCCGGGUUAGAGGAGGCGGAGAGCCAUGCCUCUGGAAGACACGAUGAAAAGUCUCUAGACGUUGAAAGAAGGCGUAACGCCGACGUGGGGCGCUUUUUGGGCGUCAAUGCGUCAACGAUGCUCACUCACUAUUGAGAAAAACAAGAAGGCCAUCACGGAGUGUUUCGCCCCUCUUCUCUACUGCACUCCCCGGGGUGUAAACAUCAAGAAGAUGGAGACCGAGUUAACCUUUUAGGUCAAGGACGGGAUCAGAUGAUCCUGACAGCUUCUUUCCUGACUUACCCCAUGCUCAGGACCCUUAGCCUGCAGCUCCAUUCAGCUGUCACUGGCAGUUAUGUCUCCGGCACUUACUCCAUCGUCUUUGUCAACUGUCCCAACGAGCAAAUUGCCAGAGAUAUUGCCAGGGCUAUACUGGAUAAGAAGCUGGCUGCCUCUGUGAACAUCCUGCCCAAGGCAUCCUCAUUGUACUUUUGGAAUGGAGAAAUAGAAGAAGCCACUGAGAUCCUGUUGUUAAUAAAGACAAAGACUUCCAAGGUCCGCAUGCUGUCCAGCUAUGUCAGGUUGGUGCAUCCUUUCGAGAUCCCAGAGGUCUUCAGUCUUCCUAUGGACCAAGGAGAUGUGCACUAUUUGAAGUGGCUGGAGGAGGGCAUGGAGGAGGACUGAGGGGGGCGGCCUUCUGUGAAUCCUGCUGGCUUCAUCAGCUGCACUCUGGGGAAAGGAGGCCUCUUUCUGCCUCCCAGCAUCUCUGGAUUCCUUGUUUUUGUCAGCACAGAGGAGCUAAGUAACUUGUAGAGGAUGAAGGGCCAAGGCUCCUGAGGCUAUAAGAGGACGCUGGGCCAAUCGGGCCACGCAAGAACCCAUGGAGCGUGUCUCUGAGUGCUUCUUGCCUACAGGUGGCCAAGGUGAGGGCAAGGAGGGUGUGCGGGGGACAAGGGGAGGUGGCAGUGAGGGUGAGGUUUGUCAUCGGCAGCAGUCACUGGGCCACCUCAAGUGUCGGGUGGAAUUACUCUCCUGGUUUUCAGAAGGAGAAAUAGACCUGGUGAUCUGUUUACCUAGAAGUGUGUGGGUUGAAGGUCACCUUCUGGAGGAACUGGCAAGCACUUUAUUCAAAAGGAUGGAUUGUGAAUGGUGCAAUUUCAGGGACAAGCAAGAUUAUUUCUCCUAGCUAAGGGUGGCACUUGUUAUUCCUGAGUCCUGAGUAGUGGGUCCAGGAAUGGGCUUCAGGAGUGUGUGUAGGACUGGGGAGAUAUUAGCACUUAGAUACAGCUCAUGGGUUGGGAAUACGUCUUGACCUUCCUAGCCUGAAUGUGACCGGCAUCAGAAGGUUCUGGUGCCUUGCUCAGUGGAGACAGGCUGGCUCAGUGGAGCAUUGAAACUGAGCAUCCUAAAGCAGAAAGAACCCUGGGGAACUUCCAGACCAGUGUUUCUGACUUGCCCAGAGGUUGACAGAGGUAUGGGGAUUGCCUGCCCUUCUCCACCACCUUCAGCCAGUGCAACAGAACUGUUUAUUUUAAUGUAUUGAACUCACAUGAGAUUUGUGAAGCUUUUAAAAAAGUUUUCAUCAAAAGUUAUAAACCAGUGAUUUAAGCCCGUCUCCACUUUAUAGGUUAAGUAGA